AUCUCCAGUCAUGAGAACGUUAUCAUGACGUAGCACGUUUCAUUUUUAGGGUGGAUUAUCCCUCAGGUCACUGCGGUAACGUUAAUGUAGCUAGCUUGUCCACUGCAGCCUCGGCUGAGUCUCUUGCGAAAUGUAGGUGAAUGUUAACGAUCAAGUUCUUGUCCAGCUAACUAGAUAAAGUAACAUUAGCCAAGUAUUUUCCCUGAAGGUUGAUCUAACAAGUAGGUAAGUGCAAUGUCUCUGGUUUUCACGCGACCUAACCCCAACGCUAUUGGCAAGAAAGACAAAAGACUCAUGGCGGAGGUAAACGCCAGUCCGCUCAAGCACUUUGUCACGGCCAAGAAGAAAAUCAACGGCAUCUUCGAGCAGCUGGCUGCAUACAUCAAAGAAAGCUCCUACUUUCUGGAAGACACAUAUAGGAAUGAGGAGCUGGACCCAGUCACUACAGAGGAGCAGGUUCAGGAGGUGCACGGUUACCUGUCAAAGGUGGCAGGGAUCGGAGAGGUGCUGGCACGCAGACACAUGAAGUGUGUCUUCUUCGGAAGGACAAGUAACGGGAAGAGCUCGGUGAUCAACGCCAUGCUAUGUGAUAAGGUGCUCCCCUCUGGGAUAGGACAUACCACCAACUGUUUCCUGCAGGUGGAGGGGACCGACGGCAACGAGUCCUUCCUGCUCACAGAGGGAUCAGAGGAGAAGAAGAGCAUCAAAACGGUGAACCAGCUAGCUCAUGCUCUACAUCAGGAUGAGGACCUGGAUGCAGGAAGCCUGGUGUGUGUCAUGUGGCCCAAAGUCAAGUGUGCCCUGCUUAGGGACGACCUGGUGCUGGUGGACAGCCCCGGUAUUGACGUCACGACAGAGCUGGACAGCUGGAUCGACAAGUUCUGCCUGGACGCCGACGUCUUUGUCCUGGUGGCAAACUCUGAGUCCACUCUGAUGCAGACGGAGAAGUCAUUCUUCCACAAGGUCAACGAGCGUCUCUCCAGUCCAAACAUCUUCAUCUUAAACAACCGCUGGGAUGCCUCUGCCUCGGAGCCGGAGUAUAUGGAGGAGGUGAGGAGGCAGCACAUGGACCGCUGCAGCAGUUUCCUGGUGGACGAGCUGGGCGUGGUUGACCGGGCCCAGGCCAGCGACCGCAUCUUCUUUGUGUCUGCAAAGGAGGUCCUACAGGCCCGUGUUCAGAAGGCCCAGGGGAUGCCAGAAGCGGGUGGUGCUCUGGCCGAGGGAUUCCAGGCCAGGAUGUUUGAGUUCCAGAACUUUGAGAGGCGCUUCGAGGAGUGUAUCUCUCAGUCUGCGGUGAAGACCAAGUUUGAGCAGCACACUGUGAGGGCCAAGCAGAUCUCGGAGACCCUACGGCUCAUCAUGGACUCGGUGCACGUGGCGGCUCAGGAGCAGAGGAUUCACUGCCUAGAAACCAGGGAGGAGCGCCAGGACCGCAUGGAGUUCAUCGACAAACAGCUGGACCUGCUGACUCUGGACUGCAAGAGCAAGAUCAAGAAGAUCACAGAGGAAGUAGAGCGACAGGUGUCCAACGCCAUGGCAGAAGAGAUCAGGCGACUCUUUGUGCUGGUGGAUGACUUCCACAUGGACUUCCAUCCUUCUCAGGUGGUGCUCAAGGUGUACAAGAACGAGCUCCACAGGCACAUUGAGGAGGGCCUGGGCAGGAACAUGUCUGAGAGGUGUUCCACAGCCAUCACCGCCGCCCUGCAGUCCACCCAGACAGAGAUGAUCGAUGGUCUGAAGCCCCUGCUGCCGGGGCCGGUCCAGGAGCAGGUGGACAAACUGGUGCCGCGGCAGCAGAUCUUCACCCUCAGCUACGACCUGGCCUGCGACAAGUUGUGCAGUGACUUCCAGGAGGACAUUGGCUUCCACUUCUCCCUGGGCUGGACCAUGCUGGUCAACCGCUUUCUGGGACCCAAGAACACACGACGUGCCCUCAUGGGCUACAACGACCAGGUUCCUCGGCCCAUGGCCCUCACCCCGGUCAGCACCAGCAUGCCCCCGUUCCCCCAGAACUCCAUGACCCAGGAGGAGCUGAUGGUCUCCAUGGUGACCGGCCUGGCCUCCCUCACCUCCCGUACAUCCAUGGGCAUCAUAGUCGUCGGUGGCGUGAUCUGGAAGGCAGUGGGCUGGCGUCUGAUUGCCCUUUCGGUAGGGUUGUACGGCCUGCUGUACGUGUACGAGCGCCUCACUUGGACCACCAAGGCCAAGGAGAGGGCCUUCAAGCGCCAGUUUGUGGACUACGCCAGCGAGAAGCUGCAGCUCAUCGUCAGCUACACCGGCUCCAACUGCAGCCACCAGGUUCAGCAGGAGCUGGCCGGCACCUUUGCUCAGCUGUGUCAGCAGGUGGACGUGACGCGGCAGAACUUGGAGGAUGAGAUCACAGACAUGAACACGAAGAUCGAGCUGCUGGAUGCGCUGCAGAGCAAGGCCAAACUGCUCCGGAAUAAGGCUGGCUGGCUGGACAGUGAGUUGAACAUGUUCACCCAGCAGUACUUGCAGCAGGGCCGGUAGAAGUGACCACUGACCGACCGUGAGGUGAACCGUGGAGAGAACGUUGACUGUGAAAAGACCAAGGCUGUCCUGUGUUAACCAGAGGGGGAGAGUCCUCACUACCUAGACAAUGGGGUCGGGGUCAAUUUGGUUUUCAAUGUGGUCAAAUCAGGAAGUGAACUGAAAUUCAAUGGAUGAAUUUGAAAAUGUCAUAUUGUAAAAAAAAAUACUUUCAAAAAAGUGGAAUGGCUUGAAAAUUAAUUGACACUCAACCCUGCUAGACAUGGACAGCUCCCUCAAAUCAUUCACUCUCUCCUUUAGGACAUUUUAGAAUAUUUUUUUGGCGCUCACAUUCAUUUAAAGAUAACAUCUUUUAUCAGUGCAUUUUAUGGAAGAUAAAUUUAUUUGAUACCAAGUACAGCCAUAUGAUAUGUAGUCAUGUGUUGCAAAAGAGGUUGCAUAUCGUUUGUGUACUUGAUUUGACGUUACAUGCCUUUUGAACACGGAAGAUUAAGUGCCACCCUGAAAUAAUGGCAAUCUGAAGAUGGUCACGAAAAAAAACCUUUGUGUUGUAAAUACCAGGGAACAUCCAAAAAGUGUAGCAGAAAUGCAAAGUGAUUUAUUCCUAUAAGCUUACUGCACCACGGUGUGGUGGUAACUCUAUAUUCAGACUAUGAAAUGACACUGGCUAUAUGAAACACUGGCUAUAUGAAACAGAGUAGACUAGCAUUCUAGGUGAUGGAGACGUUAGGCCGUUCUGAAUGCACUCGCAUGCCUUGGGGUCGUGCACUGUAUUAUGUCAUUCUUGCUUUCUUUGAUUUGUCUUCUGCUCCAUGUAAAUCAAUGUUGGACAGAGUGGAUCACGCUCUGUCCGAGCUGUUGCCUGUAGCAAUUCAGCGAUCAUUGUUGAGAAGUCGUAGCUGUUUAGACUGCUUGUUUAGUGCUAAGACACUAAACAAUCCUUUUGGGCUUUAUAAUCAUUUACAAACAGGCUUCUAUUUAAAAUGACAAAAAAAAUGCUAAUAAACUACAAGUAAGGAUCUUUUUAAAAAGAACUUGCAGUGUGUGGUCCAUGACCCUGUGCUUUUUCAUCGUAGCGACUCUAAAGGAUCGUUAUAGUGGAAACAUCACCGUUAUUUAUCAUGAUCAAACCUCUGCACCCCAAAGCCUUGCUUCUCAGUAGGUGAGAUUUUAGAUUGUGAAAGCUACAUGUACUUGCUAUGUUGGCAUAUUGCUUUUCUUUUUUUUCUUUUUUAAAUAUGAUAUUCAGGCAUUAGCACUAUCAUUUGAAAGGCCUAUUUAUGACUUGUAAAUGUCUCUCGACCUUAAUGUCUCUGAAUAGUGUCACUAAUGGCAGUUGUCCUUCAGGUGUAUGUCUGGCUGUGUGUUUGCUUUGGGUCGUGGUUGUGCCAAGGCAGUUGGAAAGUGGUCUGGAAAGUUCUGAAUGAAAAUGUGCACUUUAUACUUUGCUGCUUCUGUUUAAUUUUUUGUACUUGACAAUUUGGCUUUUAGUUUAUUUUCCCCCUAGUUACAAAGCAAAUACAAUGUUGGAUAGAUGUUUGAGGUAGAUUGUAAUGUGUAAACUUGCAUGCAGUGACUGUUUGUAAUUUUGUUGUCAUGUUAACCAUUAAUGUAAAAAGGUACAGUUAAGUGCAUUAAAGAAGUGUUGAUGAAGAAGAA